AAAAAGAAGCAAAAUUACAGAUCCCAGCAGUUCUUAUUUAUUCCACAUGUUACAAAUCCAUCCAUCCAUCCAGCAAUCAGUUCAGACUUUGGUUUCUACCUCAAUGUUCUCAUUUUCUCAUCAUGUGAUGAAUUGUGUGUCUGCAGCUUAUCAGGCUGUUUGGUCUCAGAGGAAGGCUGUGCUUCUCUGGCCUCAGCUCUGACCUCCAACCCCUCCCAUCUGAAAGAGUUGGACCUGAGCUACAAUCAUCCAGGAGACUCAGGAGUGAAGCUGCUGUGGGCUGGACUGAAGGAUCCACACUGGAGACUGGAAGCUCUCAGGGUGGAGCCUGCUGGAGUCCAAUUCCUGACACCAGGUCUGAGGAAGUAUUCCUGUCAACUCACCAUCGACACAAACACAGUGAGCAGAAACCUCAAACUGUCUGAAGACAACAGGAAGGUGACAUGUGUGAAGGAGCUUCAGUCAUAUCCUGAUCAUCCAGACAGAUUUGAUUACUGGUAUCAGCUGCUGUGUAGAACUGGUCUGACUGGUCGCUGUUACUGGGAGGUCGAGUGGAGAGGAGAAGUUUAUAUAUCAGUGAGUUACAGAAGAAUCAGGAGGAAAGGAGACAGUAGAGACUGUUGGUUUGGAUAUAAUGAUCAUUCCUGGAGUCUGAGAUGCUCUGAUGAUGUUGGUUACUCUGUCAGUCACAAUAACAUAGUAACUCGUCUCUCCUCCUCCUCUGUCUCUAACAGAGUAUCAGUGUAUGUGGACUGUCCUGCUGGCAUUCUGUCCUUCUACAGAGUUUCCUCUGACUCACUGAUCCUCCUCCACACCUUCAACACCAAAUUCACUGAACCUCUGAUUCCUGGAUUUGGGUUCUGGUUCAGUUCUGGUUCUUCAGUGUUUCUGUGCUGAUUUGAAUCUAAAGAUUUUAAAUAUUUUCUUCCUGUCAGAGAAACUCUCUCACUGUUGAACAGAUAGUUCAGUCUCUACAAUCUAUUUCUUGGUGAAACAAUUCUGAUUGAAUCCUUGGAAACUUUUUCUUCUUCCAGUCCUUUAAAUAUGGAAGCUGGGAUUAUUCCAGGAUUAUUCCAGGAUUAUUCCAGGAUCCUCAUGUUUUUCUGUUUGUUUCCAUUCAAAGCUUCACACUGAAUAUCAAGAUGUUGUUUUUUUCAUUCAUCAGAUUUCAUUGAAAUGUUGAUCAGUUUUUCUCAAUCACUGAUCAUUUUCUGUUUCUAUCGGCUCCUAUUUUUCUCAACAUGUCAGAUUUGAAUAUUAAAUCUUCCUUUUGUAAAUUUGCUGCAGUUUUUCUUCAUGUGUUUUAAAUAAAAACAUUUUUCUUCUG